UGAUACCUUCUCUUAUUGGGCUCGCGUGUUGGGCUUCGUCAUAUAAUUGAUGCGAUGUUUAUGGUCCUAAUAAGGAAUAGAUCUUUGGUCUUCGGUUUCAUCGAUGCGGCGGUGUGGCUGUGGCGAUGGCGUUUGAGAUUCGUAACGGAGGCGUCGUGUAACUCUGACUUUAACCCUUCUGUCUUUAAUGGUGAUUACAAACUCUCCAGAUGCAUCUUCCAGUCGUCGAAUCGGGGGACCAUGAUGCAAGCUGCUAUUGGUUCUAGCCUUCUUCCGACGUACCGUGAAAGAUUCACCGCCGGAACCAUGUUCUCUGUCUCUGGAUUUGAUGUCUCCAGAUGUGCCCAAAACUUCCGACUCACAGACUCUCCGUUGAUGAUCCGGUUCACGAGAACACCUCUUUCGAGGAGUUGGCUGAACCUGUCUCUCCCUUGCCGGAAGAAGCAUUCCGGUUCCGUAACCAGUCUGAGUUGAUUGGCUUAGCCAACACGAACACUCAGUUUCCAGGUAUAGUGAACACUCAGACAUUCUGACGUGUCAGUGUUCUCUGGCUUGCAUCACAAGAAAUCAGAAAAAGUUAUGGUGAUUUCUAACGACAGUUGCUGAUAUGCUCAUUUAAUUUCCUCGGUGAUGGGAUAUCAGACACUUGAUCUUCUCUUAUGCUCAUUUUAAACAUAACCACUCUUUGCUGUCUGUGUGCUGUGGCAAUGAUCCUCUUACGCCUUGACACUGCAUGUUUUGCUAUCAGAGGUCUGGAAGCUGAUCCUCUUACGCCUUGAUCCAUUUCGCAAUCUAUUUUGAGGCAAGGCUCAGCAGCUACUCCUAGAAUGCUGAGGACUGUGGUGGCUCAAGCUGCGAUUUUUCAUCUAUGGCGUUAACGGUUGUGUGCGUGACAUCAGCAGUCAAUAACGGUGAUAAGUUUGUUUAGAGUCAUCGAUCGAGAAGUGCGUGACAUCAUUUUGGGGAGAAGGCAUAUACGGCAAUUUCAUAACAUAUUAUCUGUUUGGAUACGAUAAUUUCUUGAAUAAUCUCUUGAUUGCACUGCUCUGUUUUGUAUUGGCUUCCCGUUUUUCUUUACUUUUGCUAUGGAGUUCAGUUUUGAAUAGGUUCUUACCUUUAUAGUUAUUUACUUUGACCAAGAUGAUGAGUUGCUUUGAACAGGAAAGAGGGUCGUAAGUAUGUGUGUGAAUGAUUCAAUAAGAGAAGUGGAGCUUUUUCA